ACUACAUGUGUGUGUAUUUUACUUUUCAUGUUGAGGUUAUUGUAUUCCCGUGCGGCAUCAGAGACAAGAUGUGUGAAGUUUUGAAGGACGUGUGCGCCAUGCUCCUGUAGGGGGCAGCAAUGAGCACUGGUAGUCAUCUUUAUGCAGCCUCACUGCUGCCGCUAGCGGACGGCAGAGGAAGUGCCUUUACUUUUGAAGCCCCGCUUUUUGUCUCGCAGGUAUUUGGCGCCAACACGCUGGAGCGCCGCCACGACAAUUCACGUCACAGAGUCAGCAAACGUUACACUAUCAACCCGAUGGGACAGAAGUGGAAUCAUGUCAACAUCACUUACAGGCUGGACAAGUUUCCCAACACACUGAGCGUGGAGGACACCAGGAAGGCCAUCAGCAUCGCCUUCGCCAAGUGGAGCGACGUGUCGCCGCUGACCUUCACGGAGGUCACCAACGCCACCGCCGACAUAGUCAUUGGUUUCUACACUUUCAACCACUCAGACUGUUGGCGCUCACUGCUCCACCCGUGUUUCGACGGGCUCAACGGCGAGCUGGCGCACGCCUUCCUGCCCCCUCGAGGAGAAAUCCACUUUGACAACCACGAGUUCUGGAUCCUGGGAAAGUCCCGGUUCAGCUGGAAACAAGGCGUGUGGCUCAACGACCUGGUCCAGGUGGCGGCGCACGAGAUCGGCCACGCUCUGGGUCUGUGGCAUUCCAGGGACCCGCACGCCCUCAUGCAUCCCAACGCCACCUACACGGGCCAGCGGAACGUCGGCCAGGAUGACGUGUGGGCCAUCCAGAGGCUCUAUGGGUGUGAGGACAAGAAGCGCGUGUGCGACGCGUGGGCCCGCUUGGGUUUCUGCGAACGUAGGAAGUGGUUCAUGAAGAAGAACUGUCCUCGCCGUUGUGACCUCUGUUUUGAGCCCCUGGAAGCAGUUGCCACACCAACACCGCCUCCAGCCAACGUCAAGGUCAAGGUAGUCCCUCGCGGGAAGGUGGUGGGCUUCCGCUGCGGCACCAAGAACCCGCGCUCCUUGCCCAAAGUCAGCUGGUACAAAGAUGGCGAGCGGAUCACGGUGUCUAUCCCGGGCUACAUUGUGGUCAAAGGGCGGGACCUCCGCAUAGUGGCCAACGAGUUCAAUGAGGGCGUGUACACCUGCCGCGUCCAUCGCCGUGGUGACGGUGUGUCCGUCAACUCGUGGAGCAUCCGCCUGAAGCCGGAAGAGACAUCCAACAGCUGAGAAGAACAGAGGACAUUUUAGCGUUUAAAAAUACUCGUUAGCCACGGUGGAGAUGAUGAUCUUUGACUUUGAACAUGUGACAUUCUCAUUUUUAGACUCAUUCUACCUCCAAGUGUCAAAUAUUUACCUCUUCUUAUUCUUUUACAUUCAUGAGGGCGCCUGGCUGCUUGUCAGCAAACAUUCAUGGGUUGCCAUGGGAGCGCCUCGUCGUCAUGGAGGCCUUUUGGCGCCUCGGUGACAUUAAAAUGAAGACUAACAUUCACAAAGCGACUAAAACUUUUACUGUCAAAUAAAACCAAACAGUCUUCUUGCUGAUGUAGGUGUUACCAUGGCAAAGGGACCAUCUUGUGUCCCUUUGCCUCGAUUAGAUUUCUAAACUACAAGCGACAUCAUCGCGCUAACGUGACAAGUAAUCGAAACAGGAAGCUGUAACAGAUGUCACACAAACAGCGCCACCUGCUGGCCAUACAGACGAGUUGUGUUCAGGUGAAACUUUAUUUAAUCUCUCCCAAACACAGGCGCGCGGCACACACACACACACACACAGACAUACACAUCUUGUUCCUCAGAACCCAGACGCACUUUGACCCCGCCCUCCGUCUGUUUGAUAAGCGCCAAUCAGUAGGGGCGGAGCUUAGGCACAUGUAAACACAGGCACAAACAGCGACAAGGUCGGCGGCGGCAACACGUUGAAUAAACAAGAUGAGUGGGAAAAACCAUCUGUG